CAAGCAAAAGAAGUUCAGCAAUCGAUUGAGAACCAGGGAUGUUGGGCGUUUGAGGCAGACCAAUGCGAUAUCCAGCUUACCGAAUCUAACCAGACGGGAAUCAACAGACGGUCGUUUAGAAUCUAUGUAAGUCUGGUCACCUAUGACCCGAAAAUGACGGUACUAUCUGACAGACGAAUACACAUGCGAGUUGACCAUCGUUUCCUUGCAUGCAGCCCGGGAGUGCCCAGAGAAUUUUCCAAUACAAUUACUGUCAAUCUGGGAGCUGUUAGUUUCUGGGCUUGGCCUUCAGAGCGAACAUUUGCCAAAGAAAGAGGUUAUCAUAAAUCAACUAAUAUAUUCAGCGAGGAUGUUUUACUCGGAAAGCCGAGGUGUAUAUGUUCCAUUCAAGGUCACCCUAAGAUUUCGACACAUAACGUUCGCUACGGACGGAGCAAGGCUGUGCAUGCGUACGAUGGGGGAGUCGCAGGCAAGGGAAUAGCAUCAGUUACGAUGGUGCAGGUAGGACAUGUUGUAGAACGUUUGGCGCCAAAGAACCGUACUGGGGGACCAACGACGACCGAGACGCUGCGAGAAAGGGAUUCGAAGCGCUGCAGAGUGAAUACAAAAUUAUCAUGCAGCUUCAUCAUGUUAGUAUUGAAUCAGGACUACUGUCUUGUCCCUCGGUUAUGGGCCUCACGAUGAGCUCGCUAGUAAGGAGAGACCUCUGCCAAAGGUCGUCACAAUUUUCAAGGCCAUAAAGAGCAUAAAUAUCUGUAUAUGUAUGCCUAGAGAGCAGGUUGAGCAAUAUAUCGUGGAAGCUAAGGAAUGGUAAUGCUCUGCAAUAGGACGAAGUUGAAACUUUGGAACCUGAUGGUGUGUUGGUUACAGAGUUUUAUUGGAAGGCCUGACAUAUCGUUAUGAGGUGACGUACAACAAAGAGCAUUAAAUGAAUGCAAUUAAUGAAAUAAUGUUUUAUUGUAGAUGGCAUUAUC